GCUAAGGCUACAGACAGACACCCUCCAUGUCCCCCUGACCUCUGGGAUCAACACUCCCGAUUUACUGAUAAUGAAUAGCUCAGGUCUUCUGGGCUCACCGACCCCCGAGGUGGGUACAGAGACCACCCUGGUGCUGCCCCUCAUCCUGGCCACCAUUUGCCUGCUGGGCUUCACAGGGAACCUGCUGCUCAUUGCCACUCUCCUACAUGACGUCCGCAGUGGUAAGUGCUCGCUGGCCAACCUCCUGGUGAUUCAUGUGGGGGCCACCGACCUGCUGCUGCUGGCCCUGUGCCUGCCCAUGCUACUCGUAUCUCAAGCCCGCCAGUCGUGGGUGCUUGGACACUUUGCCUGCAGGACCUCAGACUGGUUCGUACAUAGUUGCCACAUAGUCAAGAGCCUGACCCUGGCUGCCAUCAGCCACGCCCGGUACCGCCACGUGCUAUCCCCACCACGUCUGCAGCCUGUCAGUGGGGGACGGGCCGGGGGCCUGCUGCUUCUAUCCUGGUCCCUAGCCCUCCUGCUCCCACUGCCACAGCUGCUCUUCUCCCGGUUGGAAGAAGAGGGAGGGCGGCUGCGAUGCGAGCUGGACAUCCCGGCCAGGGCAGAACCGUUCAUGGCGGUGUUCUCUAAGCUGUACCCACUGCUGGUCUAUGUGCUGCCCGCUGCCUUCACCAUGGGCUGUUACACCCGAGCCCUGCAGCGGAGGCGGGAGCGCAGGAAGAGGCUGUGUGGUCAGCGUGCCGGGAGCCGGAGAACCACCGCCAUGCUGCUGGCUGUCGCCCUGGCCUUUCAUGCGCUGUGGCUGCCGCAGUGGCUGGUGUGGCUGUGGGCCCGGCAUGGUUCAGCUCAACCCCCAGCCUCCAUGCUGGUUCUGGCCCAGGUUCUACUGUUUGCAGACUGUGCUCUGCCCCCAGGCCUCUUCCUGGCCGUGUCCCCCGACUUCAGAGACAGCUGCUGGAAUGCCUGGCCCCUGGCACGCUGUCGGCCCCCUCAUGACAACAGCUCAGAUAUGGCCACCAUACAAUCUCUGCACGACUUGCCCUCCACUCGCCUGGCCCCCAGGGGCCCCCAGGACACCAGGGAUGGCAAGUUCCUCCCAGACGUGGAGCAUUUCUGGCAGGAUCGCAGGAACACCACAGCUGGGGAGGACAAUGACCCCAUGCCAUGGGAGCAUCAGACAGAGCCAUGA